AUGAAAGUGAGGCUGCGCGGGAGCCUAACAAGGAGCCCACGACCAAUGGAACACCUAGUCCCGGUAAGCGCAAUGUGAGCAAGGCGAAGAGGCUCUUGCCAAUGGAGCUGCGGAAACGCCGUCGAGCCGCGAAGCUACAGGUGUCGGCUGAAAAGAAGGCGCGGGUGACGGGUGCAGCUUCUUCACCUCAGACAUCGUCAGCACCUGCCCGAUCUCCUGGCAAAACGAAGGUAAUCAAGGAUAUUAACGAGGGACCAGAACCGAUCCAAGCGUCUCAUGAGGCCAUUUCAGUUGAGAUUGCGCAGUUAGAAGCAGCAAAGAAGGCUUCCCCAUCGAAAUCGACAUCCAAACAAUCGCCUCGUGCGCAGGAGCCACCUGCUACUGCUUCAGCACGAUUGCAUUCGCUUUAUAACUCGUCACUGCUGACUCAAAGAGCUCUGAACCGACGGCUUGUUCCAGGUGCAAACGUCCCGAACAUCUUCCAGGUUGCCGAGUUGCCGCUGGACACUGUGCCCAAAACUAAACUGUCCAUCCUUACCGCCUUUCCGUAUCCUUUUCAGCGCGUAAACUCAAAAAUCCAGCAGCAAGCACUGCAACAAUUCAUGUCUGGUGGUGGAAGUGCGCAGCAGUCUGCUACCCAAAGCACAGCAGUGCGAUGGCAGCAGGCGUUGCAAUAUUUCGUACACCCUGCAGACGUAGUACCGACUUCUGUUCUGCUCAACCGAGCGACUACAUCAAGCACAGGUGAGCCGUUAUUAGGAGGCCCCAAAGGUGAACACAAACGAGAAGAAAAGGCAUAUCUCACAGCGCGAUGGAAUACGUGGCAGGAAUCAUUUCGCGACGUCUACAUGAACUUCCGUCGUCGGGCUUGCAGAACUACUGGCGACACACAGGAUGGCUCAUUUUAUCUUCGUUCAAGUAAAUUUGUCGUUUACUUCCUGUAUGAUACCGACAGUCAAGAUGCAAUAGCAAAUGAAUCCUCAAUCAUCAGCCUGUGCCGACAGCACGACGAAGAAACAAAUGCAGCUGAAACCCCGGCUAAAGUAACCAAGAAUACGCAGAAUCGUCGUCUUCGAGCUGUGAUGUCGCAGUCAAGUGCAAGAACGCGCAAGGUGUUGCACCAUCUCAAUGUGGAAUACACCAUGCCAUACGUCAAAGCAAACCAGACGCAGCGUGAAGUCGGCGAGUUCCACUUGCUAGAAGAAGAACUCGAGGCCAGCCGCAAAAGACAAGACAGCGACACAAUCCUGACGCGCACUUCAACCGCUCCAGAUAAUAUGCAUGGUGUCGAUUCACUGCUGCUUUUCCACGGCCACAUCGCUGUUCACGGACUGUACGAGUUCCUCAUCAACCGUGCACCCAUGUCGAAUCAAGACGUGCCAGUGCUCUAUGCGCUCUAUCCAUUUGCGAACGCUUCCAUCAAAAGCUUGCAGGUCACAUCGUUUGGUCGAGUCGGAGCUGCAGUGACCGAGUCAGAAGUUGGAGACCAGUCUUCGAGAUCUGCCACACUCUUUCGGAUCGAAAUUUCUGGAUUCUGCUUCCCUUCCAGUACCAAGAGAUUACUCGCAGUGCUCAAGGAUGAGUGGGAAAUAACCCACUCCUCCUACGACUUGUUGGAACCUACGACUGGAGGGAAGAACUCCCAAAUCGUAUUGCGAACCUACAUGGAGGCAUUGGCCGGUGCGGAGCGUCUGAAUGCCGUCAAGUUGGACGAGAAUCUCGCAAGAGGACCCGAAAGUGACCAACAAGAGCGUCAGAAGCGUCUUCAAGAGCUUGAAUUUUCCAAGCGACGCAUGGAAAUUGCAGCAGUGACGAAGAUGGAAAGCCGCUACAAUAUGGAAACUACGAGCCGAACGAUUGUUGUCCGGCGAUGA